AUGAAGUCUUUCGCUCUCGCUUUUCUUUCCUCACUCUCGUUUGUGGCCGCCCUUGACUCGGGGACGAUGCAAAGUCACCUCUCGAAGGGUGCGGAGCUACUCGGUACAUACAAGGCAUCGUCUGCAAACACUACAAACUGGAUGUCGACCAUCGAUGAUGCGACCCUCAUCCAAAAUAUGAAUAUCCCGGGCACACACGAUUCGUUGACCUGGAAUGUUCCGGCGUUGACAUCGCCUUUUACGCAGACGCAGGAGCUGUCUCUGUUUGAUCAACUAAAUUAUGGUGCUCGUUUUGUGGAUCUAAGGAUAGGUUUGCUCGACAACAAGAUUCGGAUGUAUCACUCUUCGUACCUCUUGGAUGAAACAGCCGAGCUAGAGGACAUUUUUUGGGGGAUGUAUUACUGGCUAGACCAAAAUCCGACAGAGACGGUCCUCGUUUCGGUCAAGGUCGACAACGGCAACAAUACCGCCGCCCUCCAGCAGCAAGUAUAUACGCUUAUGAACUCGCCAGAUGUCGCAGAUUAUUGGGUUCACAACUUUACUCUGCCAACACUUGGAGAGUCUCGGCACAAGCUUAUCCCAAUCCUUCGUCUUGGUCUCUCGUCGGCAAACAUUCCGGAUUAUCAACCCUUUGGAAUCAAUGUCGGAAAGGGCUGGCUCGACAACAAGGCUAGCUUCUUCCUGACCUAUGUCGUCGACACGGAUGGAAACCCUCGCCAAAAGCUCUAUGUCGAAGAUCUUUACAACCCAGACGGUAGCGAUCAAAAGGACGGAGUGAACAAGAAGAUGAACGCAAUAACCGAUCAUCUAACGCGCGCUGCCAAUGCUGGUCCUAGCCAGACGGACUCUUGGUACAUUGCCUUUGCCAGCGGCUACAAUGGUAUCACAACGACACCCAAGCAAUUCGCACUCGGCAGCACAUUACCCCAAAAGGUCGCUGGCGUCAAUCAACGGAUGCUCAGUUACCUGGUGCAGACUCGAGGCAACUACUAUGGUGUCAUCGUGUACGACUUUAUUGGCAUGGACCAGCGAUUAAUCAGCGCCACUCUCGGAUGGGAAACUUCUGGAGCGUUUAUGAACUGGGCAGUCUCAUAUCGACUAUGCAUGGGCGCCGUUUUCGCGGUGAUGGCUUUACUACAUACCCUCUAG